AUGCCCGCUGCUCCCCAAGCCAACGACGACCACAAGCCUGAAGACGAGCCCCUACCCGAAGGCGCGACCGAGGUCCUCUACAUCAACAACCUCAACGAGAAGAUCAAGCUCCCGAUCAUGAAGGAGUCGCUCAAGGUCCUCUUCCGCGAGUACGGCCGCGUCCUCGGCGUCACGGCCCACUCGAACGUCCGCAUGCGCGGCCAGGCCUUUGUCACGCUCGACUCGAAGCACGCCGCCGCAAAAGCCGUCUACGAGGUGCAAAAGUUCCCGCUGUACGGCAGGGCCAUGCAACUCGCGUUUGCCCGAACAGAGUCGGACGCGCUCGUGCAGAAGCGCAAGCCCGAGGCCAUGGACGACCACAAGCAGGAGCGGCUCGAGCGCAAGAGGGAGUCUCGGAGGAACGACCCGGCACGGCGGAAGAAACUCGCGCAGCGAGCCGCAGCAAAGCAAGGUGCGCCCUCGCCCUCUCUCCCUCUCCCCGCCCCCGCACCGCGGCGCGUCGUCCAGAUGCCCGACGAGUACCUGCCGCCCAACAAGAUCCUGUUUGUCCAGAACUUGCCCGACGACACGACCAAGGACAAGCUCGAGGCCCUCUUCCGCCCGUACCCAAACCUCGUCGAGGUGCGCACCAUCCCCGGGCGGCGCACGAUCGCCUUUGUCGAGUUCGACGACGAGCCCUCGUCGGCCGUCGCGCGCGACGCGCUGCACAACUCGGCGUUCGGGUCGGCCGGAGACGGAGAGCCCAACAAGAUCAAGGUGACGUUUGCCAAGAAGGGCUGA